CUCUACGAACUGCGAAGUGUGUAGGUACUACGAACCGAACUGUCAAUAAAUAACUUGAAAACUUCUUGUUUUCAAUAGUUUUUACCAGAAAUAUUUUCAAAUCUUUUGCUUUUAUUUCUUAUAAUCACGAUGCUUACGGAAGCCGAGUUCAUCGACAAAGUUGUCCUUGUUACUGGAGCUAGUUCCGGAAUUGGUGCCGUCACCGCCGUGGAGUUCGCCAAGCUACAAGCUUCGCUAGUAAUCACCGGCAGAAAUGAAGAAAACCUCAUCAAUGUGGCCAAACAGUGUGAGCAGAACUCGCCGAAUAAACUACACCCUAUAAUAGUUGUUGCGGACAUGAAUGUAGAGUCCGAUGUGGAAAAUAUAAUGCAAGUUACCAUACAGCACUUCAAGAGACUUGAUGUCCUUGUCAACAAUGCUGGUGUGUUGGAGUCGGGUGGCAUAGAGAACACAUCGCUGGCGCAGUACGACCGGGUGAUGAGCACCAACGUGCGGGCACCGUACUACCUCACCAUGCUGGCAACACCACACUUGGUGUCAUCUCAAGGCUGCAUAGUAAAUGUGUCCAGUGUCACUGGUCUGAGGUCCUUUCCUAAUGUGCUGGCAUACUGUAUAUCAAAGUCAGCUAUGGACCAGUUCACUAGAUGUGUUGCCUUGGAGCUUGGGGCAAAGGGAGUGAGGGUGAACUCAGUGAACCCAGGUGUCAUUGACACUGGCAUUCAUAAGAAAGGAGAGACUGGCAUGCAGGAUGAAGAGUAUGCAAACUUCUUGGCUAAUUGUCGAGACACUCAUGCCCUCCAACGCCCUGGGGACUGCAGGGAGGUGGCCGCUGUCAUUGUGUUCCUGGCCAGCCGAUCCGCCAGCAACAUCACGGGAGCUACUCUACCAGUGGAUGGUGGCAGACAUGCCAUGUGCCCACGAUAAUCAGGUUAUAUGUAUUAAAAUAUUUUUAUAUGCACUUAAAAAGUUACA